CUCCCCCUCGAAUGUGGCUACAGCAACUCUGAAGAUAUUAUGUGAGGCUCCAAUAUCAUUAACUGUCUUCCUUUGACGGUAAACAGAUAUUACAACAGUUAAUUUACAUUUAUAACAUGGCUUUUCAUGGUAGCAAGUGCUGCCGCCUUGUUUUAGGCAGACAUUACGAUGUCAAGGCCCUGUCAACGCUUCACGUGAAACUAUUUGCACCAAGCUCAACACCCAAGUUGCGGCGGUGGUAUUCCAGUGCUACGCAAGAGGAAAAUGAACUUGAACUCGUAUCUCUUGCAAACUCAAGUGCACCUGUCCCCGCAACAAAAAUUGGGACGACACAGGAGGUGGCUGUACCAGUGGGCCAGAGACGAAGGUUGAAUGAGGAAGUUCUACCCUUCUCUGCCUUCCUGACAGACAACUUUGGCCGAAGGCACAGCUACCUGCGCAUUUCCCUGACGGAGAAAUGUAACCUUCGCUGUCAGUACUGUAUGCCAGAAGAGGGGGUAAAGCUCACCCCUCGCGCUCAGCUCCUGUCUACCUCUGAGGUGCUGACCGUGGCCCAGCUGUUUGUUCGAGAGGGCGUGGAGAAGAUCCGCCUCACUGGGGGAGAACCCCUAAUCCGACCAGACGUCCUGGAUAUCAUCACGGAGCUGAGGAAAUUGGAGGGCCUGAAGACCAUCGCUGUGACCACCAAUGGUAUGAACCUUGCGAGGCUGCUGCCUAAACUGAAGGAUGCUGGUCUGGAUCUGCUCAACAUCAGCCUGGACACCCUGGUGCCGGCCAAGUUUGAGUUCAUCGUCCGGCGGAAAGGGUUCCACAAGGUCAUGGAAGGUAUUGACAAAGCCAUUGAGAUGGGCUUCAACCCUAUCAAGGUCAACUGUGUGGUCAUGCGGGGCCUCAAUGAGGACGAGCUUCUGGACUUUGUGGCCCUGACAGAGAAGAAGCCUCUGGAAGUACGCUUCAUCGAGUACAUGCCCUUCGACGGAAACAAAUGGAACUUCAAGAAGAUGGUGAGCUACCAGGAGAUGCUGGACCGCAUCAGACAGCAGUGGCCCAGUUUGGAAAAGCUUCCACUCGGAAAGACGGACACAGCCAAGACAUUUAAGGUGCCAGGCUUUCAGGGCCAGGUGGGCUUCAUCACCUCCAUGUCGGAUCACUUCUGUGGCUCCUGCAACCGACUACGCAUCACGGCAGACGGCAACCUCAAGGUGUGUCUGUUUGGGAACACGGAGGUGUCCCUGAGGGACGUUCUGCGCUCUGGAGUGUCUGACCGGGAGCUGCUGGAGAUCAUUGGCGCCGCCGUGGGCCGGAAGAAGAAACAACAUGCAGGCAUGUUCAGCAUCUCCCAGAUGAAGAACAGACCCAUGAUCCUCAUCGACACCACACCCCAAAGGCCCCUGUCCCUGCCCAAGUCCAGAGUCUGCCAGUGGUCCUCUCCACCUUCUUCUAUGUCCAGAUCCUGCAGUCCUCACCUCAGCUAUGGCCAUCCAACAGUACCACUCCAGAAGCGGAAGUGGCUAACCCAGUAAGGAUGUAUCGUGCCUUUUUAGGCAACACAGUUUUAACAGUGCUGCCUGAUGUCAGCGGUUCGGGAACCCACCAGUGUUGAAGGAGCCCUCAGUUAUUGUCAAAAUAAUCCUUUACAGGGGUGCCGCUGCCUCUAGUGUAGCCCCCCUCAGAAAAUAUGGGAUUGACUUACUGACAACCCCCAGUUCUCAAACCAAGGCUGCUGAUUCUGACACACGCACAAAUGCAUUGAGUCACAAUGACAUAUACUGUCUCAGGUACGCACUUGCCAGGAAUCCAAACUUAACAAAGAAUGCCUCUACAAGGACCCCCAAGAUUCCCUCCCUUUGCACACUACUGAGAAACGCUAAAACAGGGCCCCGCCUAAGCCAGCAUAGCAUAAGGCAGUGCCACAGACAAACAUCCAGAGAUGACCUCCAAGCGCAAAUUCCUCUGACUCCCCCAAGCCGGACAACACCUCCACUGCCCAACUGACCCACACUGACGCCGAAGGCCAAGCCUCCAUGGUGGAUGUGGGCAGCAAGUCCCCCACACGUCGAAGCACCACAGCUACCGUUCACCUGGGCUCCACUGCCUUCCUCCUGCUCCGGGACAACCAGUUAGCCAAGGGUGACGCGUUAGCCGUUGCGCAGCUUGCAGGCAUCAUGGGCGCCAAGCAGACAAGACUUUCAUCCCGCUUUGCAACCUGCUGCCCUUAGACCAGUACUCUGUCGCCUUCGACGCCACGCGGCCGUUAUUACGACGACCGCCCUUAUCACAGACUGUACCAGCAUGGAGAUGGAGGCGCUGACUGUGGUCGCAGUGGCAACAUUGACGCUUUACUACAUGUGCUAGGUGGUGAGUCAUGACAUCACCGUCAGACAUCAAGCUUGACGGGGUGCAAAGGGGACUUCCACUGUGAACCCUGACCUCUAACCCCUGACUGGAACCUGAUCUCCACGGCACCAGAUUUGGGGGUCAGCACAUACGGUAAAGGGAUCAAUGGAAUGCAGACCAUGGGGGAUAGAAUAAGGAUGCCGUUCCUUUCAAAUCUGAUCUAACAAAGUGGAUAUUCGUCAAAUCCGUCAUGAUUUAUGUGUUCUAACAGGCCCACAAUGUGUUAACUAAAAUCUGAUUUGAAUAUAUUUGGCUGUUUUUGCUGUAUAAUAUCUAGAAGUUGUCCUUUUCGGGUUUAGAAAAAAAUCUGCUAAAUGCUUGUAUAAGCUGGUAGCAUAGCAUACCAUAUAGAAAUCAGUGGUGGUAAUUAGUCAUUUUUAAGUGUAAUGCAGUUGAUUGGUGACAUGAACAUGUAUUGGGGUUUACAAGCAUUGUACUCUGAUUUUUACCCCAACAUGGUGUGAAAUACACAUAAAUGAAAGCCUAAAUGUUGGCAUAUUUUGAUGGACUGCAAUGCAGAGAUUCUGGAUCUAUCUAUGUGGGGAACGCAUGUGUGGUUGUUUUGGUCAAACUCUUACCUGAUCUAUACAAUAUUUUUAUUUCGUUGGUUUAACUCAGGUGGUGAAUUGAGAACUACACUUCCCAAGUUGACUGAAUAAAAAAUUGAAUCAAGCCCCCAACCCUGCAUGGUACAUCUCCUUUCAGAAUCCCAAAUUUUUUAGAGGAUCAAGAAAUGCCUCACUGUAAGUCAUCCACUGAUUAAGUACAUCUUAAGCUUAAACUCCAUAGACCUUUUCUAUGUGAUUCAAAUCAUAUUGUCUGGCUGGUAGGCUGGUGCCAUGACUUGCUGAUCAGUAUUGAUCUUUCCAUUGUACCAGAUUGUUAGGAUCAGAUAUGUUUACGCUGGCUAUGUGUACAGUACAUUUGCAGACCUGCCAACCUGCACGCAUUUUGCAUACCAAUGCACACAAUUUGAGGUCAGUAUGCUGGUAUGAAAAAUGACCUUAAAAUACGCAAUGCAGCAUCUGCAAUAUAAUCGUUCUGGAACACGACCCUUAUUUUUAUACAGUAUGUCCCAGACCCGCACAAAGAAAGUGUGGGUUACACAUUUUUUCUCCAAAUCAGUGCAGAUGAAGGAAUGGCGAUGAGGAAGCUACUUUUGUGAUGCACCCAUAACGUUGAGGCUGGAGUCCUUUUUGGGAAAGUGAAUAAAGAAAAUAAUUAUGGACUAGGGCAGGGAUCAUCAACUAGAUUCAGCCGUGGGCCGAUUUUCUUUUCUUGAGCGGAUGGUCAGGGGGCUGGAACAUUACAAAUAGUUUAGACUGCAAAUUGACCGCAAGAAGCCCAAACCGAUACCUGCAUCUUUGACUAAAACGUAACAAUUUCAAACCUUGCUUACAUUUGUAUACGAUCACGUCUCUCUAUUAUGCGUGCGAAUACUUGGGAACAUAUUUCUUCAAUUACAAUCACUUGGAGCUGAUUUCCUGCUGUUUUUACAGUCUUAUGUCCAACAAUGAAAAUUCCACACAAACAUUUUUUAUUUUAUUUUUGCUCAGAAAAUUGGCCCACCAGUUGGGGAACCCUGGACUAGGGUGUGUGUUAACCCCUCAAACUUAACCCUUGCUCUCAACCAUCUGUGAUAAGACAAUCAGAUUCACUUCAUGUUUGCUGCCUCAUGUUCUAAGGCACAGGUGUCAAACUCAUUCCAUGGAGGGCUGAGUGUCUGCGGAUUUUAGCUCCUCCCUUGUACUUGAUUGAUCAAUAACGUCACUGAUUAGUUAGGAACUCCCCUCACCUGGGUGUCUAGGUCUUAAUUGGAUACAAAUUGAAAGGAAAUAAUGACGAUACACUCGGCCGUCCAUGGAAUGAGUUUGACACCCAUGUUCUAAGGUGACACUAAAUUAAUUUGAUAAUUUCGCACAAUACAGUUAAGUGCUGUACACUGAUUGUUGAAUAUAUUCAAAGUUACUAAUUAUCAUGUGAUAUGCAUUAUCUUUUCUUUGUCAUUGUUCAGCACUGCACCUAUGGAAUACUAAUUAAAUAAACAAUAAGCUAAUAUGUUAA